AUGAAUCAAUCAUCGCAGCCGUUUUGGCCCUCUCCCAAUGUCAGAGGCGAGGAUCAACCUGAGCUUGCAUCUACCCCAACCGCCAAGCGCACUUUUGGGCAAACACGCUCGCAGCAGCAGCAGCAAUUGCUCACGCCCCGUUCAUCAAGCUCUUCCUCCAGCCAGUACGCUGAUGAUGAGUGGAGUGAGGGUUUUGCCUCAACCGAUGACAGAAGAGAUACCCAGAGCGAUUACAGCCUCCCCGUCCAGCCCGGCGGCCUCCAUCCCCAACAACAUCAGCGCCGAUACAUCUCGCACCCGGGCAUCAGCACCCGGCAGCAGGUUGCCGCAGCCCCGGCGCCGUACCAGAGCAACGGGAACAGGAGGAGGCGGACGCAGACCGAGCUCCUGAUGCACCACGGCAUCGCCUGGCUCGGCUACGGGACCGUCAUACCCAACGUGAGCGUCGUGACGGGCGAGCCGCUCGUGUACGGGCCGGUCCCCACUCAUGGCACGAGGAGGACGGGUGGUGGGCAGCAGGAAGGUGGAGAGGAGUAUGGCGAUGACGAGGAUUCCGCGCUUGCGGCGAGGGCGUCCAGGGCUCUCACCAUCGAGGUCAACAAGCGCGCGGCGAAGGGGCACAAAGCGCCGGACUACCGCAGGGCCUAA